GCCAUAUUUUGUUGUUGACAUGUGAAACGUUCUCGUGUUGGCAGAACAUCCACCCAUCAUGUGUCGUGUGGAGGUGACGCUCCGCGUCGAUAGCCGCCUAAUGUCUGCGAGCUAACGCUCUCAAAGCUCUCCAAGCUCCUUCAACACACCGACGGUCACGCGCAGUGUGUGUGUGUGUGUGUGUCAGGGAGAGGCUGCUGCGAGCUAACCUCACCUAACGUUGAUAAGCCGAACUUUAGCCGACACGUUAGCUGCCUCGCUCGACGAGCUAAACAAGUCGAUAAAGGUUGCGCUAAAGUUUAAGUCCUGCAAAUGUCUAACGCCACGGACACGUCCGAGUGGGACGACGACGAGCGGAUGAAUUUUAUGUUCUCGGACUUCAACGAGAACCGAGAUGUCAACACGACGGACUGGGACAGUAAGAUGGACUUCUGGACGGCUCUGGUCGUCAGAGGCUGCAGGCGCCGAGGCGCCGUGUGCGUCAGCCUGCGGGAGCUGAACGAGACCUUCCGGAGGAAGGACAGAUCCCCUCUGGGCUUGGCGACGGUGCUCCAGUCCAUGGCCAGAUGUGGAAAGAUCCAGAGGGAGUCCGAGUUCGCUGCCAAUGUGGACUGCGGCUGGCUGUCCUGGGGGGUCGGCCUGCUGCUGGUCAAACCUCUGAAGUGGACUUUCUCAACUUUUCUGGGAAGCAACGCGGUGCCUUUGGAGGAGUCCUUUGUUGUCAUUGAACUAGUGAAGGAGAAAGCAGCAGAGUUACUCAAGGCGUACCGGAGCAGUGGAUUUGCAUGCCGCUCCAUUGUGUCAUUCCCAGAGCUCUGUACUCUCUCCUCUGGUGGCUGGGCUGACGAGGGCACCCUGUGCAUGGCUCUCCUGCAGCUGCAGAGGGACAAGCAAGUGACGGUUUCAUUGCACGAGGGUGAGAAGAUUGUCAAGUUUUGUCAGACCGGGCAAGAUCAUGUUUCCCCGGUCAGCGACGUGGAUAUGGGAAUCUACCAGCUGCAGCGCAGUGAGAAGCUGCUGGGAGAGCGGGUGGAGAAACUGACCCUCGAGGCUGACAAGUGCAAAGAGGAAGCAAGGACGCUUCUCCGGGAAGGGAAGAAAUCACAGGCACUGAGGUGUUUGAGAGGCUGCAAAAGGGUGGAGAAGAGAACGGACAGCUUGUUCGCCAAACUGGAAUCCAUCAGAGGAAUCCUGGACAGAAUAGCCCACUCGCAGACUGAUAAAAUGGUUAUGCACGCGUAUCAGGCCGGAGUGUCGGCCCUGAGACUUUCUCUGAAGUAUGUGACUGUGGAACGUGCUGAGAGUCUUGUGGAUCAAAUACAGGAGUUAUGUGACACUCAAGAUGAGGUGAACCAAACUCUAUCCAGUGGCGUGACCAGCACAGAUGAAGACAUCGAUGAGUUGGAGGAGGAACUGAAAUCUUUGUUGGAUGAUUCAAAGCCAGAUUCCAUCUCAAGUUAUCCGGAAGUUCCAACAAACGAUCUGCGAAUCCCCGGGGAGCCGAGCCUCCCGGGUUCUGACCUGCUCAGCUCUCUGCCCGCGGUACCUUACAGACACUUGGAUAUCAGCGCUGAGCAGCUGGAGGAGGAAUUAAAUCAGUUAACUCUUACAGAUUCAGGCUUUCAACAGAAGAAAAGGACAUCGCCGGCCAAGAGAUUAGAGCCUGCCCAGUGACCGCAGAGGCAACACGGGGCAAGUCUAAAGUGGCGCAUCAACAUAUCAAAUUGUAUCUCGUAAACAUUUUCUGUGAGCCAGAAUUCAUAGAAGUGAAAUAAAGUACUGAAGAACUACAUUAGCAAUUACGAAAUCAUUAUUGUAAGAGAUAUAGAAUCAAUAUCAUCAUAAAAACAAGGCACUUUUCCUUCAUUAAAGAAAUGUGCAUGCCAAAAAGCUAAACUAUUUUUAAUUUUUUUCUAAAUUAAAAUGCUUUUGAACUUGUACGUUUUAUAUCUGCUCUCCCAUUUAGGAUCUCAACUAAUAUGUGAACAUAUUUACAGUUUAAAUGAUGCUCUUAAACUGCAAGACUAGUAUUGCUUUUAAUUUUUUUUUUGGACAAGCGUGAGAUUAAGUAUAUUUGUUGUUUGUCGUGUGUUUAUUGAUGUCUUUAAAUGUUCUUUAUUGACAGUGCUGUACAGUGCAUUAAGUGGCCUUUUGAACCUUACAUUUAAAAGUAAAGAAUAUUAUGCCAAAUGAUUUCAUCAAUACAUAUGUUUAGUCUUACAGCAACAUAUUUGUGAGGUCCUUAAGUGAGUUUAACCAAAUAUGUUUCUAAAAAUAAAGUAAAUGAUCCAAUAAAUUAAAAAAAACU